GCGCGAAUUCAACCGGAAGUAGUUCAUGUCAGGAGAGACCAUUUCCCCCGUAACAUCGGCUUCUACCGUCGCAGUAGUUCACCAUGAAUCCGCUGACGAAGGUGAAGCUGAUCAACGAGCUGAACGAGCGUGAGGCCAACCUCGGGGUGAAGGAUUCUGUUUCCUGGCACUCGGAGUACAAAGACAGCGCCUGGAUAUUUGUUGGAGGAUUUCCUUAUGAGCUGACUGAAGGUGACCUCAUCUGCGUCUUCUCUCAAUACGGAGAGAUCGUUAACAUCAACCUGGUGCGAGACAAGAAGACGGGGAAGUCCAAAGGUUUCUGUUUCGUCUGCUACGAGGACCAGAGGAGCACCAUCCUGGCUGUGGACAACUUCAACGGCAUCAAGAUUAAAGGUCGGACCAUCCGCGUGGAUCACGUUAAAGACUACCGUCCUCCUAAAGACACAGAGGACAUCGAUGACAUCACCAAACAGCUGCGGGAACAAGGCUGUGCUCCCAAAGCGUCUGAGGCGUUGUCCUCCUCUUCCUCAGAGGAAGACGAGCGGUACAGCGUCCCCGUGAAGAAGGCCAAAAAAGACAAGAAAGAGAAGAAGAAGAAGAAGAAAGAGAAGAAGGAGAAGAAGAAGGCGGAGAAGGAGAAAGAGAGAGGAAGCCGUGCGCUGCACUCCUCCUCUUCCUCGCCUCCUCCUCCUCCUCCUGCUGUCAGAGUCAAAGAGGAGAAAGAGGACGCCGCCUACGACAAGUACAACCACAGGGGGGCCCCGCCGCCUGGAGGACAACAGAACGGACAGAGAGCGAGGGAGAACGAGAGACUCAGAGGGGAGGACGAGAGGAGGAGAGAGACGGACAGAGGAGAGAGAGACGAAGAGCGGAGGAGGAACCGAGAGAGCGACAGGAGGAGAGAAACGGACAGGGACUACGACAGAAGAAGAGAGUUUGACCGAGACAACGACAGAAGAAGAGACACGGACAAGGACAGAGACAACGACAGAAGAAGAGAGACGGGCUGGGACAGAGACAACGAGAGAAGAAGAGACGCCGAGAGAGACAGAGAGAGAGACAGAAGAAGAGAGACAGACAGAGACGACGAUAGAAGAAGAGAGACGGACAGAGACGACGACAGAAGAAGAGAGACGGACAGAGACGACGAUAGAAGAAGAGAGACGGACAGAGACAGGGACAGACCCCGUAAACACUGAGACCAGCUGUACACGGACAGAAAAGAGAAGAAGAAGAAGAAAACGUCCUACAGUAAAACGUAGAGGAGGAGCCACUAAUUAGUGCUCUUGAUUUAAUAAUUAGUGCUCUAUGAAGCAUGAAUAAUUAAACUGGCAGCACUAAUUAGUUAUUUUUUCCUUCCUGGUCUCUGCUGAGUUUUGUAAAAAUCUGACCGAUGAACUUCCUGUUUUGUUUCUUCCUGUCCAGUAAAGUUUGUGUUUGUAAAGUUUAGAUUUUUGUAAUAAAAGAUGA